AUGUCGACUUUUCAAAAGAAGCUCUUGGCAGCCAUCAUCAAGAGCCUCCUUCGAGGAAAAUCACUAGUUCAGUCCCUCUUGGCUUACUGGAGUAGCUCGUUGGGUCAUGAUACAUCCGGCAAACCUCGAGUUGGUAACACACCGCGCAGGUCUAUCCAAGAAUUUCUCAAAGAGGCCGAAACUCUGUUUCUUGACCCCGUCAGUCAAGAUGGUCUCCAGCAACUAUCCCACAACAUGCGGAAGCAACUCCUACAACGACUCGAAGCCGACUUGGAAUGUAUGCUGCCGUCGUACAGUCACCAGUUGCCAAGAGGCACAGAAGUUGGCCGUUUUGUAGCUUUGGACGUUGGCGGUUCGACCCUCAGAGUAGCAUUGGUGGAACUUUGUGGCCGCAUGUCCAAUAUCGGGGAGGAGUCUAGGAUUGUCAGCAUGCGCAACUUUCGCAUCACUCCUGAUAUCAAGGCUUUGGAGGGAAUGGCCUUCUUUGACUGGAUGGCCGAGAAGAUACUGGAAACUCUUUCAGAAGAGCUAGAGCAAGAUGGUAGAUCUGACGGGCCUCUGCCCAUGUCCAUGGCAUGGAGUUUCCCCAUCGAGCAAACAUCACUGGCUGGUGGCAAGUUGCAAGGCAUGGGCAAGGGCUUUUGUGCAUGCGACGGCUUGUUAGGUCGGGACCUCGGAGAUAUUGUUCGAACAGCCUGUCUGAACCGCGGUCUCAACGUAGAGCUUCGAGCUAUUGUCAAUGAUUCGAGUGCGUGCUUACUAUCAGAGUCGUAUAACCACCCCACAACACGAUUCGGUCUCAUCCUAGGCACCGGCGUCAACCUUGCUGCCUACCUUCCUGUGUCCGCCAUUGGACGGGUUAAAUUUGGUCAGCGGCCUCCUCAAUGGUUUGAGAAAGCGACACACGUCAUUAUCAACAGUGAGAUCAGCAUGAUGGGACGCGAUAUUUUGCCCUUGACGAGAUGGGACCGACAGUUGCUGGCAAACCACGCCCGGCCCGAGUUUCAACCUCUGGAGCAUAUGGUCAGCGGCAUGUAUCUGGGCGAGAUUUGCAGGCUUGCGCUUGUUGAGGCCAUCGAGACAACAGGAGCCUUUGGAGGUGUUGUUCCUGCUUCGUUGCAAAAGCCUUACUCUUUCUCGACUGAGACGCUUUCCAUUAUCGAAAAGGACACAACUUCUGGUCUUGAAGAAGCACGCAAGCAGUUCUCUUCCCGCCACCCAGCAAAGCAUGCUCCCACAACCGCCGACAUGGAAUUGCUCAAGCAACUAGCCGGUUUCAUCUCCAAGCGUUCAAGCGCACUCGUCGCUACGGGAGUCCACGCCUUCUGGAACCUACGCAUUGACAGCCAAAACAACUUUGUCCAAACUUUGUCAACACAGUCUCCUGAGCGGGACAGCGCAGAAGCAGACAGAGAUCUGGCCGAGACAACGGUUGCCUACAAUGGCGGUGUCAUCGAGAGUUACCCUGGCUAUCUCGACAGCUGCCAGUCAUAUCUGAACGAAUUGGUCGCAGGUGACAAGAAAGAGAAGUCCAGAAACCGAACGAUCAAGCUUGUAUCGGCAAAGGAGAGCUCGUUGAUGGGAGCAGCUGUGGCGUUGGCUUCUCUGGAGGAAGUUGUUGAGGGGCCAUUGGGUGUGGUGGGCUAA